CCCUACUUUGUGCACACAAUCUAUAGAGUGAAGCGCCAAGCGCACGGAUUGAAAUUAACUCAAAAAGUUAUCACCCUUCUUUUUUACCCUUUGAAUACGUACCUUUUCCUUUUCAAACUUAAAAAUAGAUUAACAUCUACGUAGUAAAAUGUUUCCCGAAACCCCAAAACAAGAACAGUCCCACAUAACAGAGACUUCAACCAUGGAUGCCGCUCCUCCUCUCUCCUCUUCAGCUGCUUUAUUCUUCCCGAAAUCGCUUAGAUUUGUUCUCUCAGUAUAAUUAGGGUGAUUCACAAUGCCUAUGUAUCUACCCUCGGGGAGGGGUGGUGCGGUUGAUUUCGAAGGUGGCGGCGAUGCCCAUGUUCUAGAUCUGGACACGGCGGUCAAAGACGGGGUCUUGGGCGGCGGCGGCGGCGGUUUUGCCGCGCCGGUCGAGUUUUUGGAGAAAAUGGAUCUGAAGAAGGUGAUUAGGGAGCUGAAUUUGUCGGAGAUUCCGACCGUGUUCAUAUGCCCCAUCUCUCUCGAACCCAUGCAAGACCCAGUGACCCUUUGCACCGGUCAGACUUACGAGCGGUCCAACAUCCUCAAAUGGUUCAGCUUAGGUCACUGCACUUGCCCCACAACCAUGCAGGAGCUUUGGGAUUACACAGUGACUCCAAACAAGACCCUUCAUCAUCUGAUCUGUUCUUGGUUUCUCCAGAAGCACCAGCAGAUGAAGAAGAAAUCAGAGGAUGUAUCUGGAAGGGCAAUGGAGAUUCUUGAAACUUUGAAGAAAGUCAAAGGCCAGUCAAGGCUCCAGUCCCUCAAGGACCUGCAACAAGUUGUUUCAUCCCAUACUACUUCCAGAAAGACAGUGGUUGAUCAAGGUGGGGCCCCACUUCUUUCCUCAUUACUAGGUCCUUUCACUUCCCAUGCUGUUGGCUCAACAGUUGUUGCCAUUCUUGUUCAUCUGAGUCUUGACUCUGAAUCAAGAAAAAAUCUAAUGGAACCUUCCAAGAUUUCUUUACUUGUUGAUAUGUUAAAUGAAGGCUCUACAGAAACUAAAAUAAACUGCACUCGAUUAAUCAAACUGUUAAUGGAGGGCAGUGAUUUCCGGAUAGAGAUCGUGUCAAGUCACAGUUUAUUAGUUGCUCUGAUGAGGCUGGCGAGGGAUAAACGGAAUCCAUCUGUCCACGUACACGGGCUUAGCCUUCUCGGACUCAUUUGCUCACAUGAGCAAGUAAAAACCCUGGUCAUUAGAAUCGGGGUGAUUCCUCAAUUGGUUGAGUUGUUGCCCGGAAUGAAACCCGAUUGUUUAGAAAUUGCACUGUUUGUUCUGGACGCCUUAUCUUCAGUGCCUGAAGGCAGAUUGGGCUUGAAGGACUGCCCAAACGGAAUAAGGACGAUGGUGAAACUGCUUAUGAAGGUGUCCGAGAGGUGUACACAGUAUGCUCUCUCAAUCUUGUGGUCUGUGUGUAAAGUGGGGUCUGAGGAGUGUUCGUUGGUUGCUGUGGAAGCCGGGCUUCCCACAAAACUGUUGCUUGUCAUACAGAGCGGGUGCAGUCCGGUGUUAAAGCAGCGAUCAUCUGAGUUAUUGAAGCUUUGCAGUUUGAAUUAUUCUGAUACCAUGUUCAUAUCCAAGUGCAGACUUAAUCGGACGAUCCACUGAAAGCGGUGGACCGUUCAGUUUGGGUAAAAAAGAAUCCAAUCCUGCGUACAUAUAUCCAGUUUAGAGUAAAAAUGUGUAGUGAAGUGCUUGAAAGUUGAAACAGUGAAAUGGCCUCUUUGAAAAGUUAUGUUUAUUACUGUUAUACACCAUCAAUGGACACCAGCAAGGGAUUUCCUGCUGCAAGUUUUGAAUAAAUGGUGAAAGUAAAUUCAUUGGCUUUGUUUCAGACCCUUACCACCAUUCACACCCUUCUAGGAAAAAUGUCUUACCUUGUAAAUGAAUCUUGGGAGAAAAUGGUUCAAACUUUUACUGCAUUCUUUGGGGAUUGCAAUUGAAAUUGUAAUUUGCUAACCUCUUUGCUUUGUUCCUUGUGUAAUGCAGAAAAACACCUACAGUUUUCCCAUUUGAAUGUUUUCC